CUGCUCAUGUUUCCCACCUGGAGAAUGUGUCAGAGGAAGAAAUGAACAGACUCCUGGGAAUAGUGUUGGAUGUGGAAUAUCUCUUUACCUGUGUCCAUAAGGAAGAAGAUGCAGAUACCAAACAAGUUUAUUUCUACCUAUUCAAGCUCUUGAGAAAGUCUAUUUUACAAAGAGGAAAACCUGUGGUUGAAGGCUCUCUGGAAAAGAAACCCCCAUUUGAAAAACCUAGUAUUGAACAGGGUGUGAAUAACUUUGUACAGUACAAAUUUAGUCACCUGCCAUCAAAAGAAAGGCAAACAAUAGUUGAAUUGGCAAAAAUGUUCCUAAACCGCAUCAACUAUUGGCAUCUGGAAGCACCAUCUCAACGAAGACUGCGAUCUCCCAAUGAUGAUAUUUCUGGAUACAAAGAGAACUACACAAGGUGGCUGUGUUAUUGCAACGUGCCACAGUUCUGUGACAGUCUACCUCGGUAUGAAACCACCCAGGUGUUUGGGAGAACAUUGCUUCGCUCGGUCUUCACCGUUAUGAGGCGACAGCUCCUGGAACAAGCAAGACAGGAAAAGGACAAACUGCCUCUCGAGAAACGAACUCUAAUCCUCACCCAUUUCCCAAAGUUUUUAUCUAUGUUAGAAGAAGAAGUUUAUAGUCAAAACUCUCCCAUCUGGGAUCAAGAUUUUCUCUCAGCCUCUUCCAGAACAGGCCAGCUAGGAAUCCAAACAGUUAUCAAUCCACCUCCUGUGGCUGGGACAAUUUCAUACAAUUCAAACUCAUCUUCCCUUGAGCAGCCGAAUGGCGAGAGCACCAGUCCUUCCUGCAAAGCAUCUUCGGGGCUUGAGGCAAACCCAGGAGAAAAGAGGAAAAUGAAUGAUUCUCAUGUUCUAGAAGAGGCCAAGAAACCCCGAGUUAUGGGGGAUAUUCCAAUGGAAUUAAUCAAUGAGGUCAUGUCUACCAUCACGGACCCUGCAGUGAUGCUUGGACCAGAGACCAAUUUUCUGUCAGCGCAUUCGGCCAGGGAUGAGGCGGCAAGGCUGGAAGAGCGCAGGGGUGUAAUUGAAUUUCACGUGGUUGGCAAUUCUCUGAACCAGAAACCAAACAAGAAGAUCCUGAUGUGGCUGGUCGGCCUACAGAACGUGUUCUCCCAUCAGCUGCCUCGAAUGCCAAAAGAGUAUAUCACACGGCUCGUCUUUGACCCGAAGCACAAAACCCUCGCUCUAAUUAAAGAUGGCCGUGUUAUUGGUGGUAUCUGUUUCCGUAUGUUCCCAUCCCAAGGAUUCACAGAGAUUGUUUUCUGUGCUGUAACAUCAAAUGAGCAAGUCAAGGGCUAUGGAACGCAUCUCAUGAAUCAUUUGAAAGAAUAUCAUAUAAAACACGAUAUCCUGAACUUUCUCACAUAUGCAGAUGAAUAUGCAAUUGGAUACUUCAAGAAACAGGGUUUCUCCAAAGAAAUUAAAAUACCUAAAACCAAAUAUGUUGGUUACAUCAAGGAUUAUGAAGGAGCCACUUUAAUGGGAUGUGAGCUAAAUCCACGAAUCCCAUAUACAGAAUUUUCUGUCAUCAUUAAAAAGCAGAAGGAGAUAAUUAAAAAGCUGAUAGAAAGAAAACAGGCCCAGAUUCGGAAAGUCUACCCUGGACUUUCAUGUUUUAAAGACGGAGUUCGACAGAUUCCUAUAGAAAGCAUCCCUGGAAUUAGAGAGACAGGCUGGAAACCGAAUGGAAAAGAGAAAAACAAAGAGCCCAAAGACCCUGACCAGCUCUACAGCACGCUCAAGAGCAUCCUCCAGCAAGUGAAGAGCCAUCAAAGCGCUUGGCCCUUCAUGGAACCUGUGAAGAGAACAGAAGCUCCAGGAUAUUAUGAAGUUAUAAGGUUCCCCAUGGAUCUGAAAACCAUGAGUGAACGCCUCAAGAAUAGGUACUACGUGUCUAAGAAAUUAUUCAUGGCAGACUUACAGCGAGUCUUUACCAAUUGCAAAGAGUACAACCCCCCUGAGAGUGAAUACUACAAAUGUGUCAAUAUCCUGGAGAAAUUCUUCUUCAGUAAAAUUAAGGAAGCUGGAUUAAUUGACAAGUGAUUUUUUUCCCCCUCUGCUUCUUAGGAACUCAUCAAGCAGUGUGCCUAAAGCAAGGUGGUUUAGUUUUACAAAGAACUGGACAUAAUGUAUUGAAGAGACUUGUAAAUGUAAUAAUUAGCACU